AUGAAACUUUUGCCCAUUUGCACUUGGCUUCUAUGCCUUUUGCUUUUUAUCGUGUGUUUGGGAUCUGAAUGUGGGACUCCACGGCGAAUUGUAAGGUCUAAAAGAGACUUGGUACGCAUCAGGGAAGCCAGAAGUACCUUCCCAGGAGCUUGUGCCACACGCUUGCCUCGGGGCAAACGCUCACUUCCCCGGAUAGAUCGGCGCUCCCCUCGCCUGUCACGGACAGGGGAAAGCACCCAUGCAGGUCGGCGGAGGGCUAUUUACUUUACCGGUAGAGGAGACCAACUACGUCUGAAACCCAGUGCAGAGGUGCCAAGGGGUAAUUUUACUCUGGAAAUGUGGAUAAAACCCGCGGGUGGGCAACGCUCCCCAGCUGUUAUCGGAGGACUCUAUGAUAAAUGCUUCUACGCAUCCAGUGAUAGAGGAUGGUUGGUUGGCAUCAAAGCAGUCAGCGACCAAGCCAACCGUGACCCUCGCUUUUUCUUCUCCCUAAAGACAGACAGAGCCCACAAAGUUACCUCGAUAGCCUCCAACACACCCUACAUUCCCAAUCAGUGGUCACAUCUGGCUGUCACCUACAAUGGCCUCUUUAUGAAGCUGUAUGUUAAUGGGGCGCAGGUUGCUGUAAGCCGAGACCAAUCUGGUGAAAUUUUCAGCCCACUUACCAAGAAGUGCAAGGUGCUAAUGAUUGGUGGAAAUGCCAUAAACCACAACUACAGGGGAACAAUGGAACACUUGAGCUUGUGGCAUCGAGCUCUGACCCAACGCGAGAUCAUUAGAUACAUGGGUCAUAGUCACACCCACUCUGACGAUCUUUCACAGACAGUGGUCUAUGAGAACUUUGAGAACAUGUCAAGAAAGUGGCUAACAGUGAAAGAUGGCAGCUUCCCCCGGUUGGAGCAUUCAGACCGGAACCUUGCAGGAGACUUCAGUGGCUCUCUUGAUACUGUACUGAAACCUCCACCUUGCGGACAGACCAUAUGUGACAAUGUGGAGGUAGUGACGAACUACUACCAGCUCUGGAGCUUCCGCAAACCCAAGACGGUGCGUUAUCGAGUGAUAAAUGUUUACGACGAUGUAGGACAGUGGCCGACUGUUACCGAACACCAAAUUAACCUUCAGCACCAGCACUUGAACAAUGCUUUCCGCGUCUACAACAUUACCUGGGAGCGCACUGUUCACAAUGUCUACAACUCAUCCUUGCGUAACCGCCUAAUAUUGGCCAACUGUGAUAUCAGCAAAGUGGGUGAUGAAGAGUGCGAUCUUGAAUGUAACCACACUCUUACAGGUUUCGAUGCUGGAUACUGUAAGAGUCAGACUACACGCUGUCCUGAAUACAAACAGGGGAAUGGAGUUUGUGACCCAGAGUGUAACUGGGACAAUUUCUAUUAUGACCAUGGAGACUGCUGCAACCCCAACAUCACUGAUGUCACAAAGACCUGCUUUAAUCCUACAUCACCCCUCAGGGCUUAUAUGGACGUGAAGGAGCUGAAAGAGGUUUUAAAUUUGGAUGGAUCCACACACUUGAACAUAUUCUUUGCUAACUCAUCUGAUGAAGAUCUUGCUGGUGUGGCCACGUGGCCCUGGGAUAAAGAAGCUUUAUCACAUUUAGGUGGGAUCGUACUGAACCCUUCAUUUUAUGGUACAUUUGGCCACACUCACACCAUGAUCCAUGAGAUUGGACACAGUCUUGGACUGUACCAUGUCUUCAGGGGAAUCUCAGAGGUCGAGUCCUGUAAUGAUGCCUGUUUAGAGACAGAGCCUUCCUUAGAGACAGGAGAUCUGUGUGCAGAUACCAACCCCACGCCUAAGUACAAGUACUGCAGAGACCCUGAGCCUGGCAAUGAUACCUGCGGGCGACGGCAUUUCACAAACACUCCCUUCAACAAUUACAUGAGCUAUGCUGAUGAUGACUGCACAGAUUCCUUCACGCUCAACCAGGUGGCCAGGAUGCACUGUUACCUGGAUCUGAUCUACCAGUCUUGGAGACCUGGCAGUAAACCAGCUCCUGUUCCUCUUCCUCCUCGAGUAACAGGGCAAGACCAAGACUCCCUCACACUGGAGUGGUUCCCUGCUCUUACUGGCCACUACUUUGACAGAGAAGUGGGAUCAGUGUGUGACAGAUGUACUGAAGUUGGGGUGCUCCUGCAGUACGCCUCUAACUCCUCCUCGCCCAGACCCUGCGCCCCCUCUGGCCACUGGAGCCCACGUGAGGCAGAAGGUCCACCAGACGUGGAGCAGACCUGUGAACCGAGCGUCUGCACAUGGAGCCCCAACGCUGGGCUAGACUCAAGUAGUGUUGGCUCAGCAUCUUGCCCACACCAGGGCUGCAUGCUCCAGCUGGAGUUUGCCUAUCCACUGGUGCCCAACUCUCUCACUGUUUGGGUCACCUUCUUUUCUUCAGAGGAAACUGGACUGCCUGCAAUCCAUGACAUCCUUCUCCUGACACUCAGUGGUAACAAUAUCUCACUGGGUCCACAGUAUGUGUUCUGUGACACACCAUUAACCCUCAAACUAGACAUGAUGGAAGAGGUGUAUGGGGUGCAGUUCUUCACCAUGGAACAGCACCUGGAAAUUGAUGCUACUUUGUUGGCCUCAAAGCCAGAUUACCCUCUGUGCCAGACAUGCCAUCCUCUACACUAUAGGUUGAUACGCCAGCCACCAUUCACACAUUCACCAAAUGGGCUGAUCCUUCAAGAACCCACUCUGAGAUAUGUGGACAGGGACUUAGAGUCUGAUGAGACUUACACCUACCAUGUGCUGACAGUGUCUAGAACAGCGGAGAGUGAACCAUCUCCUCCUCUCUCUCACCAGCUGGGCUCACCCUACUGUGGGGAUGGACUCAUCCAAAAAUAUCUUGGGGAGCAGUGUGAUGAUAUGAACUUUGCUAAUGGAGAUGGCUGCUCAAACCAGUGCAAGAAAGAGCCCUUGUUCAAUUGUGUUGAUGAGCCCAGCUUGUGUUACUUUUACGACGGUGAUGGCGUGUGUGAGGACUUUGAGCGGGAGGCAAGUGUAAGGGACUGCGGUCUUUACACACCAAGUGGUUUCCUGGAUCAAUGGGCCAAUGGGGUGGAAGUGUCCAAUGAGGAGAAGGUACACUGUCCAGCGGAGGUGGCCGCUGGAUACCCUGCAGUGACAAAGAGCUGUCAGUCGAAGGUGUUUGACCUGUCCCAUGGUGUGUCUCAGUAUGCUUGGUUUCCUUGUGAGGAGUCGCAACAGCACAGCUGGACUUCAAAAUAUUGGCUAAAGGCUUAUUACGCUCAUCCUAUGGUGGCUGCUGCGGUCAUUAUCCAUCUUGCUGCUGACGGAACUGGUGACAUCGACCAGAGACAGCACAACGUUACUGUUCAGCUGGUGGACACUAAAGAGCAAACACAUUCUCUUGGGGACUGGAGACUGAGUUGCCGGAACAAUCCACUGGUUAUUCCUGUGAGUCACGACCUGAGCACGGCCUUCUAUCGAACAAAGGCUAUCAAAGUGAACUUUGGCUCACCUCUGGUGGCCAUCUCAGGUGUGGGCCUGCGCUCCUUCCAAUAUUUUGACCCUAUCACGAUCAGCGGCUGCCAGAGCAAUGAAAUCUAUAACCCUAUGGGCCAAAGUUGCGUUCACUACUCAUGUGAUGUCAUCGAGUGUCAGAAGCCAAUGGUCAACAAUGCCGAGAUGAAGUGCAGUAGUCCUGGAUACUUCAAUGGAGCGCGCUGCACCAUCACCUGUAACCGAGGAUAUAUACUGAAAAUUCAUAGAGAUGAUGACAUCAUCAAAACACAGUCUGAAUCAACGGUGUCCCUCACCUGUGCAGAUGGAAAAUGGAACAAGCAGGUGACCUGUGAACCUGUAGACUGCGGACGGCCCGACAAGUACCACGUGCACCCGGCUGUCUUUGAGUUCUUUGAGGGCACCACCUAUGGCAAGAAAUGCACUUUCCAGUGCCGGGAGCCGGCUCAGCUUGUGGGCAGUAAUAAUGUACUGACAUGUAUGGAGGAUGGGAUGUGGUCCUUUCCUGAGGCUCUGUGUGAGCUCCGCUGUCCAAUCCCUCCUCCUGUGCCCAAUGCAGUCCUGCAGACCAAACGCUGCAAUGCUACAGGCCUUAAAGUUGGUUCCUUCUGCAAGUACAAGUGCAAGCCUGGCUUCCAUGUGCCCCACACAGACAAGCCCAAGAGGGCAGUUCCUGUGAUGUACCAUAGGCGUGCAUUUAAGAGGCAGUGCACAGAGGAUGGAACCUGGCAGACCGGUGAGUGUGUGGCUGUCACAUGUGAGCCGCCUCCUCCCAUUUUCCAUGGUAUCUACAAGUGCACAAACGGCUUCCAGUUCAACAGUGACUGCUGGAUCGACUGCAACAGGGCGAACCACACGGUUCCCUCCACCAAUGUGAUCCGAUGUAGAAAGGACGGGAACUGGACUGGCUCCUUCCGUCUCUGUCCCAACCUGAAAGGCCAGUGUUUCCUCCCACAGAACCUCAGCCCAAAUAUUUAUCUCAGCUGCAAGAAUGGCCACGGCAUAGGAGUGGAGUGUGAGGUGGCUUGUAGAGAUGCUAGCAGCAGUGUGGUCCUUUUGCCCAGCAACAUGACUGUUGAAACUGUGAUGAAAGACCACUGGUGGAACCCAACCAAAGUUAAGAAUAUUGUAUGCACCAUGGGACUAAAGUGGUACCCCAACCCAGAGGCACUUCACUGCAUCAAGGGAUGUGAGCCCUUCAUGGGUGAUAAUUACUGCGAUGCCAUCAACAACCGUGCAUUCUGUAACUAUGAUGGUGGAGAUUGCUGUCAUUCUACUGUUAAAACUAAAAAGGUGAUUCCAUUCCCUAUGUCAUGUGAUAUUCGAGAAGACUGUGCAUGUCGAGACCCCGAUGCCCAGGAGAACAACAAAGGAGUCCGCCACCGCUCCAUUGGCUGA